AUGCUAGCUAGUCUCAACGGGCUGCAAGCGAGUGUUGCCAUUUUCAUAUUCAUUCUGAUCUACUACAAUCUUCGAAAAUGGCAAAUGUCAAGAAAGCUCAAGAGGCUUGGUGCAAGGGCGCCCGAAAUCCAAUCCUCUUGGCCGUUUGGCAUUGAUUUCAUCUACAAAUACGUGGUUGCUAGCGCCAAUAAUCAAGAGAUCAGCUUUUUCGCCUCUUGCCUUGCGUCUGCUAGCUACAAGGACUCUUCCUCGACCAUCUCGUCCUCGGGUACCAAAACCUCUACCUCAACCAUUAAGGGCUCUUGUAUGACUGCCCAGCUAAAUAGUGGACUGUCUGGUCGUCUUGUUCUGACUGUCGAUCCCUCCAACAUCAAAACCCUUGUGAGCGAGAUGUCCGAUUAUGGCAAGGGCGAACGGUUUCACAAAGUCUGGAAAGAAUUCAUUGGCGACAGUAUCUUCGCCAUUGACGGUGAGCUAUGGGGAAAGACAAGAACCAAGAUGAAGCCCAUAUUUUUCAAAGAAAAUGUAGUCGACACAGCGAUAUUUGAGGGCCACGUAGCCCAGUUGAUAGAUAUUCUAGACGAACGAGGUGAUCGAUCAGAAAGCCCAGAUUUGUUGAACGUCUUCUUAAGGUAUACGUUUGACGUAGCGACAGACUUCCUCUUCUCAGAAGCAACGAAUUGUUUGAAAUUCCCCCAGUUGAGAGUGGCGGAAGCAUUCAAGUAUAUCCUUCAGAGGCAGAGUGACCUUGACAACAUGGACGAAUUCUCCUGGCUUCUCUCCCGCACGAAAUUCCGUCAAGAGUUGAAGGUUUUGGACGAUUUUGUCUAUCCUUACAUCUACAAGUCUCUAGCCUUGACGUCCGAUCAACUCCAAUCCAAACUCUCGUCUCGCGAUAACCUCCUCGACUCUCUCGCACUCCACACUCGCGAUGCCAAAUUCCUGCGCGACCAAAUGAUCACCAUACUCGUUGCCGGCCGUGACACCACGGCUGUAACACUCUCUUUCCUGUUCUUUGAGUUGAGCCGAAACCCUGUUGUUCUCGAGACGCUAAAAAAGGAAAUUGUGGAUAAAAUUGGAGAGGGAGAUGCAGCAACUACGCCCAGCGUCAAAGAUCUGCAAGAAAUGAAGAUGUUGAACGCAGUCAUUGACGAGACGUUUCGUUUCUACCCUCCAGUCCCGCUCAAUUUCAGGUGUGCUUUGAGAGACACAACAUUACCAAGAGGAGGAGGGGAAGAUGGAAUGCAGCCGAUUGGUGUCCUGAAGGGUACAAAGGUGCUAUUUUCAAUCAUGUUGGUACAUAAAAAUCCCGAUCUAUAUCCCGCGAUAGAGGGGAAGAGGUUUCACGACCCAAACAAGUGGAUACCAGCAAGAUGGCUGGAUGCUGAUGAAGGAAGGAAAUGUUGGACACCAGAGCUUUGGAACUUCUUGCCAUUCCAUCAUGGAAAGAGAGCCUGCCCCGGCCAAAAGUUUGCGCAGGUCGAGAUUGCCUACACAGUGGCUAGGAUUUUGCAGACAUAUAAGACAAUCAAGAUUAUGGGCUGGGAUCAGGCAGAUAGUAAGGGAAGGGAUUUGGAGUGCAGAGUCGCGGUUACGAUGAGUCCAGCUGAGGAACUCAAUGUGAGGCAUAAAAUCACCUAUGUCUUCGUGGAGAAACGGGUUAAGAAAGACACAAAGUACUACAGUACGUACGUCCGAUAA